UUUCAGAGAGAGAGAUGUGGGUUGCUGGAUCAAUCAGAGGAUGUUCUGCUGGUUAAAUCAGAUUUGGUAGGGGAAGAGAAAGAGUAGUAAACAUUUGGAGAAAAAACAUUCUUUUUGAGAACCGCCAUGGAAGUAGCUUUGCAAGGGCAGAAGCCACUCAACUUUAGUCUAGUUUUUCAAGAGAAAGACAAUUUGAAGCUCAAAUCUUUUCUUAUGCCCUUUCCACAUGUAAAAACUUGUCAUUUCUUUCAAUCUUCUCCAUGGUCCAAAGUACACCAACCAAGAGGUGUUUCAUUUCGAAUCGCCGCUAGUACAUCAGAUUUUUCCAGAAGAAAACAGAGAAAAAUGUCCGGAGCAAGGCCAAAUGGCCCUGCUUCAAAAGGUUUUGUGCCCAAAAAACCAGUAGGAACGAGCACUUAUAAGAGAGAACAAAGAAAUGAUGGGGAUAAAAAAUCUCCAGCAUCCAGUCAACUUGCUGGGCCCAACAAGAAAAUUCUCGAAAGUAAAGUUGAUUCUCAAGAACAGUGGAUAGUUGAACCUUCUCUUGAGAAGAAAAUUGAAACAGAAAGAGUUGAUGACAUUGGUCAUGAAGUUGAGGAACCACCAUCAGCAAGCAUAGUUUCAUCUGUUGCUGAAAGUACUCGAGAUGUAGAAAAUGGAAGUAUGGGUAGGGUCGGUGAGGAUGAGACAGGCUUACAUAAAAAGACAGCUUCUGAAAUUGAUAAUGAGAAUGUGGCCCAUGGAAUAAGUUCAGAAGGGAGGCAUUUGAGUAAUGUGAACAUUGAAAUUGUGACUGAUAAAACCAUUGAGAUUGAUAAGAAACUAACAGGCGAAGAUCCUGUACAACUCAAGUUAGAGGAGGAAGCAAAUUUGCGCAAAGAGCAAAUUGCCAGGCUUGCUGAGGAAAACUUAGCAAGUGGGAACAAGCUCUUUGUUUUUCCUCAGGUUGUGCGACCUGAUCAAGAUAUAGAAGUGUUCCUUAAUAGGAGUCUCUCCACUCUGAAUAAUGAGCCUGAUAUUCUGAUCAUGGGAGCUUUCAAUGACUGGAAAUGGAAAUCUUUUACUGUGAGGUUGAAAAAAACACAUCUUAGUGGGGAUUGGUGGUCAUGCCAAAUUCAUGUUCCUAAGGAAGCAUAUAAGAUAGACUUUGUUUUCUUCAAUGGGCAAAGUGUUUAUGACAAUAAUGAUAAGAAAGAUUUCUGCAUUUCUGUGGAAGGUGGUAUGGAUGUGUUUGCAUUUGAAGAUUACUUGCUCGAGGAGAAGCGUAAGGAACUAGAAAAACUAGCUAAGGAGCAAGCAGAGAGGGAAAAACAAGCAGAAGAGCAGAGACGGAUAGAAGCUGAGAAGGCAGCUAGUGAAGCUGAUAGAGCACAGGCAAGGGUAGAGGCUGAAAGGCAACGAGAAAUAUUGCAACAGUUGAUAAAAAAGGCUGCAAGGUCUGUUGAGAAUGUUUGGUACAUAGUGCCUGCUGAGUUUAAAGGCAAGGACUUGGUGCAGUUUUAUUAUAACAGAAGUUCAGGUCCUCUUGCUCAUGCCAAGGAAAUUUGGAUCCAUGGAGGGCAUAAUAAUUGGAAGGAUGGACUGACUAUUGUUGAGAAGCUCGUUAGCUCUGAGAAAAAGGAUGGUGACUGGUGGUAUGCUGAUGUUGUUAUACCUGAUCAAGCACUUGUUGUGGACUGGGUUUUUGCUGAUGGACCGCCUCAGAAUGCUAUUGUGUAUGAUAACAACUACAAGCAAGAUUUCCAUGCUAUAGUCCCAAAAAGCAUUCCUGAGGAACUGUAUUGGGUUGAAGAGGAACAUCGGAUAUAUAGAAAGCUCCAGGAGGAGAGGAAAUUAAGGGAGGAUGCCAUACGUGCCAAGGCUGAAAAGACAGCACGUAUGAAAGCUGAAACAAAAGAAAGAACUUUGAAAAGGUUUUUGCUGUCUCAAAAGCAUAUAGUCUACACCAACCCUCUUGAUGUUCAAGCUGGAAGUACAGUGACAAUUUUCUAUAACCCUGCCAGCACAGUUUUGAAUGGAAAACCUGAAGUUUGGUUCAGAUGUUCUUUCAACCGUUGGACCCAUCGUAAGGGUCCAUUGCCACCACAGAAAAUGUCACCUGCAGAUAAUGGUUCUCAUGUCAAAACCACUGUCAAGGUCCCAUUGGAUGCAUACGUGAUGGAUUUUGUCUUCUCUGAGAGGGAAGAUGGUGGAAUUUUUGACAACAAAAAUGGCAUGGAUUACCACAUUCCUGUGUUUGGAGGAAUUGCAAAGGAGCCACCAAUGCACAUUGUUCAUAUAGCUGUUGAAAUGGCCCCUAUUGCAAAGGUUGGAGGCCUUGGUGAUGUGGUUACUAGCCUAUCGCGAGCAGUCCAGGAAUUGAACCACCAUGUGGACAUCGUUCUUCCAAAGUAUGACUGUUUGAACUUUAGCCAUGUGAAAGACUUUCAGUAUAACAGAAGCUAUUCCUGGGGUGGUACUGAAAUAAAAGUUUGGUUUGGGAAAGUGGAGGGCCUUCCUGUCUACUUUUUGGAGCCCCAAAAUGGAUUCUUUGGGAAAGGUUGCAUAUAUGGUUGUGGGAAUGAUGGGGAAAGAUUUGGUUUUUUUGGCCAUGCUGCUCUUGAAUUUCUGCUACAAAGUGGAUUUCAUCCUGAUAUUAUCCAUUGCCAUGAUUGGUCUAGUGCACCUGUUGCAUGGCUAUUUAAGGACCAUUAUAUGCAUUAUGGCCUUAGUAAGGCGCGAGUUGUGUUUACAAUCCAUAACCUUGAGUUUGGGGCACAAUUAAUUGGGAAAGCUAUGACAUACUCAGACAGGGCUACAACUGUAUCUCAUACUUAUUCAAAGGAGGUUGCUGGAAAUCCUGCAAUUGCUCCAAAUCUCUACAAGUUCCAUGGUAUACUAAAUGGAAUUGACCCAGAUAUAUGGGACCCCUAUAACGAUAGGUUCAUUCCUAUAUCGUACACAUCUGACAAUGUUGUUGAAGGCAAACGAGUGGCUAAACAAGCCUUGCAACAAAGGCUUGGACUUAAAACAGCUGAUCUCCCUUUAGUAGGUAUUAUUACUCGCUUAACUCAUCAGAAAGGAAUACAUCUCAUCAAGCAUGCCAUCUGGCGCACCCUAGAACGCAAUGGACAGGUCGUACUCCUUGGUUCAGCUCCAGAUCCUCGUAUCCAAAAUGAUUUUGUAAACUUGGCAAAUCAGUUGCAUUCUUCUCAUAAUGAUCGAGCUCGACUUUGUUUGACUUAUGAUGAGCCGCUAUCACACUUGAUAUAUGCUGGUGCUGAUUUUAUUUUGGUCCCCUCAAUUUUUGAGCCAUGUGGACUGACACAACUCACAGCAAUGAGAUAUGGUUCCAUACCUGUUGUUCGAAAAACUGGAGGACUUUAUGAUACUGUAUUUGAUGUUGACCAUGAUAAAGAGAGAGCACAAGCAGAAGGUCUUGAGCCAAAUGGAUUUAGUUUCGAUGGAGCUGAUGCUGCUGGUAUUGAUUAUGCUCUCAAUAGGGCAAUCAGUGCUUGGUAUGAUGGUCGUGAUUGGUUUAACUCAUUAUGCAAGAGAGUCAUGGAGCAAGACUGGUCUUGGAAUCGGCCUGCUCUUGACUAUAUGGAGCUUUAUCAUGCAGCACGGAAGUGAGAGCGAAAACAAGCAAUCAGUCAGGGAGAAUGAGGUGGAUUUCAGUCUCAUUCUGAGGUUUUGUACACUUAGUGGCAUAUCUUGGUGAAUUUUUCUCGUUCAAAAAGCUUUAUUUGUUGCAUACAAUUCUGCCAAUCAAAAUAAUGCAAGGUGAAAGGUAGUUGUAGAGCUCAAAAUGGUUCAUUUGGGUUGUAUAUAAUACAUAAUAGUAGGUUAAGAUUUCAACGAUUACUUUGUGCUGAGUAAUAAUUGGUUGAUUAUUACACGUAUGUUAUAAUUUUCUGAGGUGAAAAAAUGAUUUCUGUGAGGCCA